AUGGCAACUGCUCUCAUCACAUUCAUUCUCGCCAACAACGCCUACUCCACGCCGAUCCUCCCCUAUCCACCUUUCAACGCCACCAGUUUGUCGAUAAAUAUAUCCGAAGCAUGCAAUGACCUUCGGAAUUGCCGUACGAUGUGGAAUCUCGUUUACAGCUGUCUCCUAACAAUAUUCACCUGCGUAUGGACGGCUGUACACCCGAAUGUGGUGGAAGGAGAUAGGGGUGAUAUGAAUCUGGAAGAUGAAAUAAUGAGAAAUGAUCGUUUCGGCUUGAUGAGGAGUUCCCUGAUUUUCCCAGAAUUGGUUGUUGCUAUGGCAUGGAAUGAAUUCUCAGAAGCCUGGAAAUUAUCAAGGGAAUGUAAAAAUGUCGAAGGGUGGACACUUGUGCAUUCAUACUUUCUCAGAAUGGGAGGUUUCAUCGAUCCAACGACACAUUUCUUUCGUCGAUAUGAUUCCUCCUCCCUUGGCCAAUACCCUGGUAUCAUUCAGAAGACGGGAAAUCGUCAGGUUGUCGCGGUGACGAAGCAGGAACUUCUCCACAAAAGCAAAGGCGAUCCUUUAUCCAAGUCUAUUGUAUCUCUUCAAUUGCUGUGGUUCAUCGCGCAAUAUGUGGGGCGAGGGGUGGAACAUCUGCACAGAUCGCAGCUUGAGACAGUGACGCUUGGAUACUGCGUACUGAGCAUUGUCAUCUGUGCGUUGUGGUGGCAUAAGCCCCUUGAUGUCCGUUCACCAAUCCAAGUGACGAAAGAAGACCCAGCUCAGCUUCUGACUUCCGAGGCCAAUGUUGCUCGAGUGCCUCUUGAGGUAGAGAACGAGGCGGAUUCACCUCCACUUACAGCCAAAGUCAUUGGCCGAGUUUGUGACGCAUUUGCUGAAUUGGAGGAAUUUUGGAUACUUGUAAUCACUGGCGCCAUCUUUGGCGGAAUUCACUGUUCCGCGUGGUCCUUCCCUUUUCCGACACACGCGGAAUCACUUAUAUGGCGCAUUUGUGCAGUAUAUAUUACGGUAGCACCUGCUCUUGGCCCCGGUGCAGUAGAAAUAUUGACCAGCACAAGGUUUCAGUCUUACCAAUUCCACGGAGACAGAGUGUUUGGUUUGGCCGCUGCGACGAUUUAUGUCGUCGCCCGGAUUAUCCUCUUCGUACUGACGUUCGCAUCCCUCCGCUCUCCUUCUGCUUCUCUAUAUCGAACGCCAUCUUGGUCUUCCUUUAUUCCCCAUCUCGGAUAA